AAUGAACAGCGGAGUCAGCGCCUCUCCUGAAAAAUUGAGAAAGACAGUUCCAAGCCUGCAGCGAAAUGGCUCAUCUGUUACUGAACUCCAACUCCUUUGUUUGCAAAGAGCGGCGUUUAAUGGCAAUUUGUGGUGCGGUUUAUUCUGAUCGCCUAACACAAAUUGCUAACGAAGAUGUAGCGACCCUGAGAGAGGAUAUCAGAGUUAUGGGCACUAUGAACGCCAUCACAAACGAUUUUGAGAAGAUUUUGAUCAUAGCCGAGAUUGGGUCAUAUUCUCCCAAUUAUCAGUCUGCCCGCAGCGUUUUCAGCAACGUUCACAGAACAAUUCCAGAUUUUCCUCUUUGCGUUGCUACAUCACUUCGUGGCAUUCAAGGGGCCAUGAUUCCUUACCUGAUAUGCAAUUACAACGAGCUCCGCCACCUCAUGUUUCCAAUUACCACUGCUCUAACAGAUUUGCCGCUCUUGAUUGUGCCUGGACUGAUGGAAUCACUGAUUACUAUGGCCAACAGAGUGCUGACUGUCAGUUGCUUCCUUAGUCGUGAGACCAGAGGAACGGGCGUGGCAUGGGCUACGCUUUCGGAUUUCGUCACAUCGCUGGAUAAUGAAGCUAUUGAAGCUAACGUAGAUGCCAUGCACACGUUGAACAAUAUUGUCAACUAUUACGAAAAGGACAUCGCUGUGCAGGAAAUGUCUGCAUACGCUGCUACACAAUUGGCUGCGAGAAACGCAUUCCAGUCAAACCACCGUGUUGUUCCUGAUUUCGCUCGUCUGGUCGCAUCAACCCUCAUUGCUCUACGACAGCACCAGAUUGAGUUCCCACACACAGCUCAUCAAUUCAUUAGGGACCAGCUCUUCCCAAGCAUGUGCAGAGAUAGGAGUAAUCUCGAAAAAAUGCAAUACGCAGAUUCUCUGACAGUCUUCUUUGCACCCUCUGUCGAGCUUCUGGAGGAUAUGGGAGCUGUUGGCAUUGCUGUUCUUACCGAGGAGACGCACGAGUAGCGUCUCAGACUUCGCAAGAAAAUCCCAUCCAAGGCUCUCGUCCGCAGCCCCUCCGAAGAAAUGAAACGCAAAGACAACGGCCCUUUCACGGCUGUUGCUCACUUGUUCAUGGAGCUUGCGAGGGACCCGAACAGGCGCGCGAUCGGCUCCCUCUUUGUAAGCCGUUGCACUGUUCCGAUCGUACGAGCCUUCUUUGAAGAGUUGAUGUUUGGACAGGGAAUACUCUCUGAUGCGGUUGAGCGGUUGUAUGAAAUGUGCAUCCUCACGCUUCGAGAAAACCAAUUCAUCGACCCAGUGAUCAAGAUUGUCAGCUUCGAUGUCAACCUCCAGACUUGUCUUUUUAGACAGUAUAAAUGCGAUAUUUGCGAAGAAUACGCACCGAUUCGCAAUGAAAAUGCGAAUCUUCUCUGGAAGAAGUUAUUUCACCUUGCUGAAAAGAGCUUGAUGGAUAGACAGCGUUGCCCUGAUUUGGAUGGAAGCUUGAUGUGUUCCUCCUCAUGGCGCCGGAAGUCUUUACUGUGAUUUUCGAGGACAACACCACCCUUCAGAGUUUGAUCCACGAUCUGACUGCCUCGGUGGUUCUGCGAGACGGGCGCAAAUACAAACUGCAGGCAGCAGGGAGCACUCGUCAGGGGAACAGAACUGCAGCAACCUGCUGGACCUGUCAGUCUUGUUGAGACAAGAACAUAUGAAGAGCCGCAGCUGCGCGAUCAGAACCAAGUCGAAGUUCCCCAAGUCGAAGCUGAGCAUGAAAACGGACAACCGUCAAGGCAAUCGUUCCUCUCUCCAUAUCAAGAUGGUGCACCAAAUGUGGGUUGGCUUAUGCAUAGCGAUGACAAGACCCAUGGACCCCCACAGGCAGUUCCCAGGGAGGAGUUCCCUAAUUGGGUCGUCACGUAUCUGGUGUUCACCGAGGUGGCUCGUGAAGACUGAAGAACUGCAGCUCAUUGUUGAUACGUGUCGAAUACCAAAACUGGGAGUCCACAACGGAACAUGUCAACCACUUUCUUUGGCAGGUGUGUCGUUGUGUGCGAACUGACAUCCAAAUUUUGCCUGGCCUGCCUGUUAGUUGUCUUUACUCCACACAUCCAGCUAUUCCAGCUGCUUGAGACAAGGGACGUCGACUUGACUCCGGUUCUUACCGAGGAUUCCCUUGUCGUUCGGACAAGGUUCCGUAAUAAAAUUCCAUCUUUGGAAAGCAUCCGUCAGCCAACUGAAAUGUUGAAAAUGAAAGAUCAAGGAGCGCUUACUUCUUUUCUUCAUCUGCUCAUGGAUUUUUCCAGGAAAAAUCUGGUUGAGGCAUGCUCGUUGAUUAUCUCCCGUUGCAAAAUCCCUGCCCUUCGCCAGCUGUUUGUGUCGAUAAUAUCCUGCAAUGGAUCUCUAACGCAGGAGGGAGAGCGCCUUUUCCAAAUAGCAGCAAUGACCCUAUCCGACUGCAACCAGAUAGAUAAUUUGGAUAGGUUGACAUCAACCUGCAAAUUAUUCUCGUUCGAAGACUACAUUGCACCAGGUGCCCCUAUGAAGUUGUGACUAGAUGUCAAGAAAAACCAUUUUUGACCUUACCAGAGGUUCGUCGUUUAUCCGAUGUUGACAACAUGGCUGCCCAGGACCUCUGCCCGCAAGAAAAUUGCGAUGGAAAUCUUAUGUUACAAAUGGUUGCCACUCCCGAGAUGCUUGUCGUGACAUUCAGUGAGGGCAAAAACCUGGUAGGAGCCAUUGCUGAUGGUGACAUUCCAGAGACUCUGUUGCUUCGAAAUGAGUCAAAGUACAAUCUGGUUGGAUUCAUUGGUGCACGCAGACCUAACAUCCAGCCUGCUUUGCUCAACCCAAUCGACAUCAGAAAUCUGACCAUUCCGAGCAACCUAGAUUUGAGUGAUGCAAAUCAGCCUCUGUCGCCACAAAGCAAAUUGCAGCACGAAGGCCAACCAUGGGGCUCCCACGUCUACAUCACCAAGAAUGGGACCAACGGAGAUUGGGAAGCGCACAGUGACGGAUGAACCACUGGCCCACCAGUGGGCAUUGAAGAAGAGACUGCAGAUCGAUUCCCCAUUUACAGUUUCUACGUUCGUAUGCCUUAACAGAGUGUAAUUUUAGUCCCAAUAGUACUAUAAGCUCAAAUAAUAUGUCUUUAUUUAAUGUUAAAAGGUAUAUGACCAGGGUUGUGGUCCUAAAAGAGUUUCUAGACAGUGCACAAGAUUUAGCAUGGAAAAUCAGCUUAAUUGCCACAUUACUUUCUAUGGAAACAUUUAAAUAAAUUUGACCCACCUUUCUGUUGGUU